AUAGAACUUCCUGCCCGAGUUGGAAAUAGGUUGCUUUUUUUCUUUUGUUCUGUACGAGGCGAAGGUUUAACCCAGGACAGUAACAAAGGAUAUGUGGCAGACGUGCUUUUAGCACAUUACCGGAGUUUUUACAAUCAGAGUCCGGACUCUGAUAGCCCUAACAAACUAGGCUGGGCCUCAGUAGGCCAAUUGAAGACACAAGUAAUAGUGAAAACAGAGAUUUAUUCAAUAUGGGCACCUUGGGAAGAGGAACAAAGGAAGAGUCACACUAACUUUUUCCUAGAAGACAACUUCACAAGGCUCCAAAAGGAACACGAUUAAAGAUGACUGAAUCUGGGGCUACAGAACUUUAAAGCAGUAAGUUUAGCAAAUCAUACAUUCUUCAGGAGCUGAGAAUUGAUAAGUUUGGUCUUCACGGUGAUUUGGAACUUUCCAGUCCCAGAGAAAAGUUACCCAAGGGACUGCAGAGAACUGAGUCCAUAUGGAAGAAGAACUUCCUCUUUUCUAUGGAGAAAGUGGCAAGCCAGUACAGGCUACCCUGUCAUCGUUGAAGAUGUUAGAUGUGGGAAAGUGGCCAAUUUUUUCCCUUUGUUCUGAGGAAGAAUUGCAGUUAAUUCGUCAGGCUUGUGUCUUUGGCAGUGCUGGCAAUGAAGUUUUAUACACUACGGUCAAUGAUGAGAUUUUUGUACUUGGCACAAACUGCAGCGGCUGUCUCGGGGUAGGUGAUGUUCAGAGCACCAUUGAGCCUCGGAGAGUGGACUUUUUAACUGGCAAAAAGAUAGCCAGCCUCAGUUAUGGGAGUGGCCCACACAUUGUCCUUGCGACAACAGAAGGAGAAGUCUUUACCUGGGGUCAUAAUGCUUAUAGCCAACUUGGCAAUGGGACCACGAAUCAUGGUUUAGUUCCCUGCCACAUCUCUACUAAUUUGUCAAACAAACAAGUCAUUGAGGUUGCUUGUGGGUCAUACCAUUCUUUGGUCCUAACAUCUGACGGAGAGGUAUUUGCCUGGGGUUAUAAUAACUCUGGACAGGUAGGAUCUGGCUCAACAGCUAAUCAGCCCAUUCCUCGAAGAGUCACUGGCUGUUUACAGAAUAAAGCAGUUGUGAAUAUAGCUUGUGGGCAGAUGUGCUCAAUGGCGGUUGUGGACACUGGGGAGGUCUACGUCUGGGGUUACAAUGGGAAUGGGCAACUGGGACUGGGCAGCAGUGGCAACCAGCCAACCCCGUGUAGAGUGGCAGCUCUGCAAGGCAUUCGUGUCCAGCGGGUUGCCUGUGGCUAUGCACACACAUUAGUAUUAACAGAUGAAGGUCAAGUGUAUGCUUGGGGUGCAAACUCUUAUGGCCAGUUGGGCACUGGCAAUAAAAGUAACCAGUCCUAUCCUACCCCUGUUGUUGUGGAAAAGGACAGAAUCAUAGAGAUUGCAGCCUGUCACUCUGCCCAUACAUCUGCUGCCAAGACCCAAGGUGGGCACGUGUACAUGUGGGGCCAGUGCCGGGGCCAGUCAGUGAUCCUCCCCCACCUCACCCACUUCUCCUGCACCGAUGAUGUGUUUGCCUGCUUUGCCACCCCUGCUGUCACCUGGCGCCUUCUCUCUGUGGAACCUGAUGAUCACCUCACUGUGGCUGAGUCACUGAAGAGGGAAUUUGACAAUCCUGACACAGCAGACCUCAAGUUUCUGGUUGAUGGAAAAUACAUUUAUGCACACAAAGUCCUUCUCAAAAUUAGAUGUGAACAUUUUCGUUCUUCGUUGGAGGACAAUGAAGAUGACAUUGUAGAAAUGAGUGAAUUUUCCUAUCCUGUGUACCGAGCUUUCCUGGAGUACCUGUACACAGACAGUAUCAGCCUAUCUCCUGAGGAGGCAGUAGGACUGCUAGAUUUGGCUACAUUUUACAGAGAAAAUCGUUUGAAAAAGCUGUGCCAGCAAACUAUCAAGCAAGGAAUCUGUGAGGAGAACGCUAUUGCCCUGCUCUCAGCUGCAGUGAAAUAUGACGCCCAGGACUUAGAAGAAUUCUGCUUCAGGUUCUGCAUAAACCAUUUGACUGUGGUAACACAAACUUCAGGCUUUGCAGAAAUGGACCACGAUCUUCUGAAGAACUUCAUCAGCAAAGCCAGCAGGGUUGGGGCCUUUAAAAACUGACUACCGCCUGCAGGAAAGGAACAUGAAGCCUUUCCAUUUCAUCCCUGAAAAAAAAAAAAAAGAAAAAGAAAAAGAAAAAGAAAAAAAGCCACU